CACGAAGUCAUCUGCACAGAUUGAGGAUUGCGCCGCGGAAUGCGAAGACGGGGACAUUUGAGUGGCCGCUGGUGGCGCCCAAGUCCCUCAACACUUACAUCCCGUCUGCGGGCCGCAGAGUCCGCGCCUCAGUCAGUUAUCGAUGGGCAACUCAUGACCGGUGUUCACCAUCGCUGUGUCGUCUCAGGGCCACAGACCAUCAGCUCUUUGUAGUACAUAAUACUUGAGCUAGCCCAACUUGACACCUCCAUAUCUAUGACAUCGCC